UCUUUCUUCGCUUCUUGACUCUUGAGUUUGUAUCUAUCGUGUACAGGUUACAAUAUCACAGUUGUACUCAAGAUCUAACACAGUCACCGAUUUGUCUCUGCUCAGACACCAUUUUGACAUUGGUGGCUACAACUUUCCCUUACUUUUCUCAUUGAUUACCUUUCCGUGACGCCUUCAUACUUGUUUACAUUCUGUUGCUUUUUCAAACAUUGUGACAGGGAAGGUUCAGGUGAUAUAUCCACAACUAUUCUUUUCAUUAUAUUUCAGCCUCAAGAAGUUUCGGCAGUGGAUAUAUAAAGGUAUGAGAUUCUCCCUGACUCGUACUUGUCCGAUAUCAACUUCACACUCGCAUUCCAACUCGAGCUUCAUUGAAGUUAUACCUCACGUCACUAUUUCCCCUAGCCCCACCUACCAUCCUCAAAAUACACCAUUCUCUUCAGAACCAUGUGCGAAUACACAAGGAACUACUACAUCUACACUUCAUGUAUCGAUCCCGGAGCUCACUACUUCUCAACCUCCAUCGACGGAAGCAAAGAACGCCAAUGUGCAAAGGGGCCCCAUGAACGAUACAUUGUCGUGCCCGGGCAUUGCCCUUUAUGCUCAUGAACGUCGACGUCAUCACCAAUCCUCCAGAAUCUCUAUGAGGUUCCACAUAUCACAUUCGACUUCACGUACCAUGAUUGACACUUUUAUUUCGCGUUUGACCUUGCACCAAUACCCCCAACAUCACAUGGCAGGAUUUUGGACGAUUUUCUUCCGAAACAAAUUCCGGGCAUCAACAUAGCACUUCAGCGAAUCGAUGUACUUCUUUAUUAGGCGAGCUUUUUUGAGCAGGGUGUUCGGGAAAGCUAUUGGAUGGGUUUCAUUUUGAAUUUGGGGAUAUAUAUUCGUCACCGAUGGAGUUUUAUUGGUCAAUUUUGCUUCUCUUGUAUCGUCAACGGCUAGGGAAAAAACAUGGAAAGAGCUGGAUCUCAGGUAUUUGCAAAAGCAAGGGACGAAGGAGCAUAUUGAGCGAUCAACAGCAUGGAAUUUUUAUUCAUUGAGAAGCAAGGGAAAGGUUCAGCUUCGGUGCAUACACAGAUACACAAUUUCUGAUUACAGGCUUCAUCCAAGUCUCCAUUCAUGUUCAAAUAUAAUAUUUUAACCAAUGUCCAUCUUCAA